UUUUUAAUAUUUAUUGGAUGUUUCCUGUAACAUUUUGUUCUAUUGCUUAUAUAUAUAUAAUAUAUAUAUAUUUUUUUUUUAAAUUUAGUUUAAUUUUUUUCAGUCAGUUAGAUCAGUCAUGAAGAUGCACCUUUUUUUUGUUUCAUACUUUCAUCUCUAGGUUUUUAAUAUUUAUUGGAUAUUUCUUGACACGUUUUCGUUCUGUAUUCCGUAUUGUUUAUAUAUAUAUUUAGUUUCUUUAGUUUUAGUUUAGUUUAGUUUUUCAAACUCUUCGCCUGAUUUUAAUAGUUUGACAACAAAAUAACUAUAUAAAUAAACUAUAUAAACUAUAUGAUAAACUGUAAAUAAAAUGUACUAAUUGUGAAAUAAACAAUAAAACGGUCUUAAGUUUUAUUGUGAAAAUCACGCUUCCUCCUCCAGGCUUAGCUUCUCUUCACCUUCGUGGAACGGCUUCAGUGACGACCCAUCUGUGGAUCCAGGGCUCCACAACCAGGUCUGGAUGAGUUCCAUAGACAACGACACCGUGCUGUCCGCCAUCACGGUCCCUGGAACCCACGAAAGCCUGUCGCGGUUCGGAGGACCGCUGGCCGUGUGCCAGGUCUGGAGCUUGGAGCGGCAGCUGGAGGUGGGGGUGCGCUUCGUUGACGUACACGCCGGGAUCUGGUUUCCCGCCGAGGAACACGUCUACGUCCGGGACAGUCACUGGAUGUUCUGGCAACACGUAGAACUCGAAGAGGUUCUGGAGACGAUUGUUGGGUUCUUACGCAAACACGGGAGUGAGACGGUCCUGUUAAAAGUGACACCGCAUGGUUUUUACCAGGAGAGGGUUAAAAGCUUGAUGAAGGCCGUGCUCAGAAGGUACCGGGAUAAAAUGUGGACGGAUCCGUCGGUGCCGGUUCUGAAACAGGUUCGGGGCAAAGUCGUGCUGGUCCAGAGUGAAGCGUUCGCUGCGGGGAUUGAAACCCGCAACUCGUUCUUCUUAGAACGGGACCAACUCCUGGAGGUUGAGAUGAAGAUCGUCCAGUUGAAGCCGCGUCUGUGUCGCGGUUCGCUGGUCGUGACGGACGUCGCGGCCUCGCGGUUCCGCAGCCCCAGAACCCUGGCCCAGAUCGUCAACCAGCAGCUGUACCGCUUCCUAGAGCAGCACCAGGAAGGCUCCCAGAACCGCGGCUGCCUGGGCGUCGUCAGCACCAGCUUCCCCAGCGCCGAGCUCAUCGGAACCAUCGUCCGCAUCGGACCCUGUGACUGUGGGUCGGAAACAGUGAGUCCGAUAACGAGGCCGUCCGGUCCAGAGUCGCUGAAACCGCCCGAACCGGCACCUUCACCUCCAAAAUCAGGAACAGCGUCCACACCUGAACCAGAACCACCAGACCAGGGUUCAAAAACGUCACAUGAUGCAGUGACUCCACCAGGUGCAGAGCCCAGGCAAGAUUCAGAACCACCAGAACCCAUACGUGAAGCAAAAAGUCCAUCACCAUCCUGGCCAGAAGCAGUGACUGCACCUCAACCAGAACCGGAACCAGCUACAACACCCAGCUCAGGUUCAGAACCAUCUGGGUCAGAUUCAGAGCCACCUGAAGCAGUGACUACACAUCAACCAGAACCAGUACCAGCUACAAAACCCAGCUCAGGUUCAGAACCAUCUGGGUCAGAUUCAGAACCACCUGAAGCAGUUGCUACACCUCAACCAGAACCAGAACCAGCAACUACACCCAGCUCAGGUUCAGAACCAUCUGGGUCAGAUUCAGCAACACCUGAAGCGACCAGCAACUACACCAAGCUCAGGUUCAGAACCAUCUGGGUCAGAUUCAGUAACACCUGA